CUCAUGUAAAUAGAGAGAGAUCAUAUACGGGUCUGCUGUCGACUUCAUUUUCAUAUAAACGCCUGUAACUAUUGCACUAACAGUGAGUGGUUCAGCCGCAUGCUGAUCUUGAAAGCCUCCGCCUGUAUAUUCACGUGCUUCUGAUAUUUAGCUAGAAACUAGCGACGUGUUUUAUGGCGUUAUGAUCGUGGAGUUUGCGUUUGAUCACGGCUUCGGCUGUAUUGUAAAAGUGAAGUGGGAACUUUGGGCGGACACGCCCCCUAAACCGUGGAAGUGGAUGUCCGCGCCUCUGAUUGGCUGCGACGCUCCAACUGGCAACACCUGCUUAACUCCUUCAUCCAAAUUGACACCCGGGACUGUGGGAAAUAUAGGCAGCAUCCCGCCUCGCUCACGCGCUCAGUCACACCGCUGCCCUCGGAAGACACCGAGCCUCUCACCUCUCUCUCUCUCUCACACACACUCGGUGGAUCUCUGCUGGGAAGCGAGGCGCACCGCCGGAGACGCGAUGUGGGCGAAAGUGGCCGUGGCGCUGCUGGUUCUGUCCGUUUGGGAACCAGUCGAGUGUUCGGAUACCGGCGACGCCGUGCACGACAGCAGCCCGCCGGAGAAGCCCGGCGGCCAGAAAGGACGCCUGUCCCUGCACAACACAGCUGAGAUCCAGCACUGCCUGGUGACUGCAGGGGAUGUCGGCUGUGGCGUGUUUGAGUGCUUUGAGAACAACUCCUGUGAGAUUCGAGGGUUGCAGGAAAUCUGUAUGACCUUCCUGCACAACGCUGGGAAAUUUGACUCUCAGGGAAAAUCCUUCAUCAAAGACGCCCUCAAGUGCAUGGCUCACGGGCUACGGCACAAAUUCAGCUGCAUCAGCAGGAAGUGUGUUUCCGUCAAGGAGAUGGUGUUCCAGCUGCAGAGAGAGUGCUACAUGAGGCAUAACCUGUGCUCUGCUGCCAAGGAGAACGUGGCUGUGAUGGUGGACAUGAUCCAUUUCCAGAACCUUUUCCCUAAAGGGCCGUAUGUGGAGCUGGUCAACAUCCUGCUGAGCUGUGGGGAGGAGGUGAAGGAAGCACUGACCCGCAGCGUCCGACUACAGUGCGAGCAAAAUUGGGGCGCCUUGUGCGACAGCCUGAGCCUCUGUUCCUCCAUGACCCCGUCCCUGUCCGGCUCUCCUCCCGACCACCGCCAGCGCCCGGUCUCCCCCAACCCCAACCCCGAGCCGGAGCAGCCGCGACCUCCGCGGCACAGCGAGAAGGAAAAACACGGCAAAGCAGGUUUCAACUCUCACCCGCGCAAUCGCAGUCAGGGCCUCCGUCGCCAGGUGCCGGAGGCCGGAGCCGUCGCCGAGCAAGAGAACGCCGAGAGCACCGACAUCCGAAGAGGACGGUGACACAAUACUAUGAAGACGGACGGCAGUUUAAGGUCAUCACGAGUCUCGCUAAGCUACAAAUGAAGAGACUAACCUGGUCUCAUCCGGCACUGUUGUCACAUGAUCAGUGAGUUACAGAGGGAGGGAGGGAGGGAGGGAUUCCCUCCACGAGAGGAAGUGCGUGCUUUGUUUCAAACAUCCAGGUGCCUAAACAUCCACCAUCGCCAGCGACCGCCUCUCUGGGAUGGCAGUGAAUAGAUGAAACUGAGUUCCAAGGAGAUUUAUAAAGCUAUUUUAACGUGUUGAGCCACAGAAGUCUUAGCCAUUGCACUUUGUAUGAUUGUCAACCUUCGCGAUACUGACCAGGUGUUAAGCACAGUCAUCCCUGAACUAGAUCCUAGCAACCUUCAUUUGUUUUCCCCUCAGUCUGGACCUUCCAUUUCUGUCGCCAACCACACAGCACCACUCGCUCCCUUGGACCAGAUUCUUUUUUUUUUUUCCCCUUCAAGAGCGGUCACGCUGAGUCCAUGUUGUAUCUCGUCGUCUUCUGUGAGGAGUGACGCUAAGGCCUGUGAGUUACAGAAGAUGCAGUGAAGGUCCUCACACUGGGGCUCUGGUGCGGCUGUUUUAAAUGUUAUAUUUACCGAGGCUACCAGAGAAUUCCUCUGGGCUGCAGCCAACAGCCAGGCCGAGGAGCAGCGCAGGACAGAGAUAGUCAGAUUCAAUUUUUUUUUUCCCUCCUUAAGGGCACAGACUUUUGAGCAUUUCAGGCCAGUCACUCGCUUUUGCUGUUUGUCAGCACUCUCCAGGCUCUUGAAGGGAAAGACUGAUGUUGUGGCCCCUUUUUUUUUUUUUUUUUUUU